AUGGAGCCAGAAUCCAUAGAAAUCUGUCCUUAUAACCCUCACCACCGAAUCCCACUCAGCAGACUCCAGUACCACCUGGCAUCAUGCAGGAAGAAGAACCCCAAGAAAGCCAAAAAGAUGGCCAGCUGUAAAUACAAUGCUUGCCACGUGGUCCCCAUCAGAAAGUUGGCUGAACAUGAAGCUACUUGUGUCAACCGAAGCUCCCUGGAGGAAGAGGACACACUGAGCCCUCUUCACAUUAGUCUCCCAGAGCCGCAGACUGAGGACACACUACCGAGUUUUGUUCCCCAAAAACUUGUUUGUGAAAGUGACACACAAGAGUCCAGAGAGACCAAACCCCAGAAGAUCCUGGAGCCAGGACCAGGAGGGCAAACCUCUAGCAGGAAGAAGAGGGCUCUCAAAUGCGUGGAUAGACACGAAUCUCAAAAUAAAAAACCUGCAAAGUAA